GAGCAGGAUAGGGUUGGGAAUGAGUAAUGAGGAAAAUAUCAGCAGUAGACUAACUGUGCUGAGAUCGCAUUUGUCUCCGGAUUCUUCAGCUUCCGCCAUGGCUUCUGAGAUAGAAGCCGCUUUAGCAGCUGUCCCCUCCGACGGUCCGACCAUAUUUGACAAAAUCAUCAACAAAGAAAUUCCAGCAAAUGUGGUUUUUGAGGAUGAUAAGGUCUUAGCAUUUAGGGAUAUAGCUCCUCAAGCUCCCACACAUAUUCUAAUUAUUCCCAAAGUGAGGGAUGGCUUAACUAGACUGUCUAAGGCUGAGGAAAGGCAUUGUGAGAUUCUUGGUCGCCUUCUUUACACGGCUAAGCUGGUGGCCAAACAGGAAGGGCUCGAAGAUGGCUUCAGGGUUGUGAUUAAUGAUGGCCCACAAGCAGGUCAAUCUGUUUAUCACAUUCACGUCCAUGUCCUUGGCGGUCGCCAAAUGAACUGGCCUCCUGGCUAAGAUGGUGUUAAAGUUGAUUUAGGCUGGCAAGACUUUCAUUGUAAUAAUAGAAGUACUUGUUGUCUGCCUUGAUUGAUAAUUGCUAAAUCUUAGUCAAGCAAAGUAGCCAAUAGUUGCUUUCUGGUAAGAUGUUCUGAAUGUUACAUGGCACCAAUGGUGGGGCUGGCCCCUAUACUGGGUAAGACCAAUGACCCUCGUUAGGUAUGAAAAUAAGCAAAAGAGUUAUAUAUCUAUUGGCUUCUUUUUCCUCCGCACCAUGUUUUUACCUGA